AUGUUGUUUCACAGCGUGUUUCUCGCUGCGGCCGCGGUUGCUACAGCCUUUGCUGGGCCAUGCAAGCCUGUGAGUUCCAGGGCAUCUGUCUCCUCAUCUGCCGACGCCAGCAUUCCCUCUUCGACUGUGUCAAUUGACGUCUCAACUACUACCCGUACUGCCACUUCUGAAUCUUCUGGUGUAGGAGAAGUCACUUCAUCUGUGACGGAGGGUAUCACGACUGGUACUACUGACGCGAAUCCGACGACCGAGCUUACUACCGACGGCACCACCGAUACUGUUGUAACUGGUACUACUACUACGGACUCCCCCACGACUAUUCCAACGACCCAAGGUACAACUACCGAGUCUACUAUAGGAUAA